AUGGGCGCAAUCCGCAGGCAGCUGCUGAGGAGUGUGCGGCCGCCGCUGCGCAGGGAGGCGGAGCUGGAGGAGGCGGCGACCUCCGGAGGGCGGCGGUGGGUGGCGGAGGGUGGGCUGCGGCGGCUGCAGCGCGCCAGGCUGGCCCUGCACCGCGUCGCCCGCCUCUGCGGUCAACACUUUGGGCUCUCGCUGUCGCUGUCCUUCCUCAACCGCCUGCUCCAGCUCGUCUGCACCAGUUACAGCUUCGUGCUCCUGGCGAACAACUGGCAACACCUCUCGUUCGGAUUACGUGCCCUUGCCGCUGCGUUCGGUGUUCUGCUGGAGGUUGAAGCCAGCUUCCCGCUAGCCCUGUGCUGGGCGUGCUCGUCUGCUCAGGAUAGAGCGGUCAGAGUUGGCCUGGUGCUGGACAAGAUUCAGUCCCUGCUGGGGCCCAGUGUUACGUCACGUUCUCUCCAAUUGGCAGUGGAGAAUCUGCGUUUUUCCGCUGCAGUCUUCUUUGACUUAGAUCUACGUUUAUUUGUUGCUCUUAUUGGUACGAGUGUCACAUAUGUUAUAAUACUUGUACAGUUUCGCAGAUAA